AUGAGUAUCACAACCAAACGUAGCGAACAGCCCAACAAUAAUACGCCAUUUGGUCGAAUGAAAAGCAACAGCCUUGUUAUCAGGAGUUCGCCUUCAAUAAAUGAGAUGCCAGAGCGUAAUAUGAGCAGACUACAACCACUGGAGAUGCCAAAGAAAUUUAAGGAUUGCCUCAUUAAGAAUUACCGAGACAUUCUUCUGGAACAACGGCCAGAUGCGUUUCACAAGGCCAUGUUGCAGUGCAUCCGGUCGAGCCCAAAAAUAAAUGAGAUUAUCGCCUGUCAGAAGUAUUGCUAUCGCGAUCUGACCAAAUGGCCGAAGCUGAAUCAAAUUUGCCAAGCACAGCAAAACUUCUAUACGCGACAAAUCGAAGAUUUCCGAUUGGAUGGUAUGACCGUUGCCGAGGAAGCGUUUCGACUUGGAAGUGUUCACUAUGCCUACGCAAAAUAUGGACUCAAGCCACAUUUCCUCGAUCUCUUCGUACUGCACUUUGAAACGGUUCUUCAACGCCUGAAGUUUCCCAGUGACGAAGAAAAGCACACGUUCAUUACGGCGUUUCGACAAUUGAAUAUGUUCAUUACGUCGACGAUGAACCUCGCCUAUUCCCUUUGCCAGCAACAGUCCUUCCAAUCCAGAUAA